CUGUUGACGUUGAUUUUGUUGCCUUCUAUUGCCAACUCCAAUCUCCCACUGAUGUGACCGAUCUGCAAUUUGAAUCAGAAUGGGAGUUUCUUUCCUUGCUGUUUUUCUUCCUGUACAUAUACUAUCUCUGCGCGCAGAGAGAGACUUCUUUCCCGACGUCCUCCCGGGCUUCUUCCCAUCUCCACUGGCACCUUCAACUGAAUGUCGCGAUGGCUACCAUUUUGAUAAAUCAGACUUUUGACGAUAGAGACACAGCAGAUCUUCACUAUGCAGGAGGAUGGCCUUCACCCCAGGAUGGGUCAUAUAAUGCCACCAAUGUUGGACAAACUGGAACUCUUUCAUCUACAGAAGAUAUCAGAGCAAAUGUCACAUUUACUUUCCCAAUCCCAGCCAAUGCAGUGUACUACUAUGGAAUUCGUCGUUGUUGUGGAGGUCUUUACGCUAUCUGUGUAGAUUGCGAUCCUAAUAAUCCGAUUUUCGAGACAAUCGAUGCAGUCAACUCAACGGACGAUGGAAAAAACCCUCCCGUACGAACUUUAUCUGCUCUUUAUUUCGUCGUGCUUUAUAUGUAUCACCUCACAAAGGUCAUUCUUUGGUCCAAAACUUUCGAUACGUUUGGAAUACAUGCCAUUAUACUCACAAAUCAAAAUGAUUCCCGGUUUGGGCACUCGCAAAUAACAAUCGACAGGUUUGAACUCCAGGUUCCAAACACAGCACCGGUGGUUACCACCCUCGUAUCUGAACCUUUAGCCACAACUUCCACCGCUUCUUCGCCGUCACCCACUGUAUCUAUUCUAGCUCAAUCAAAGGCACCUGUGCCCAUAGGCGCCGUCAUUGGUGCUAUAGUUGGUGCUGUCGUCUUAAUCGGUUUCAUCAUCAUCAUGUGGGUACUUUACCGGAGACGACGAAAGAGGAUUCGUGCACCCGACGAUAUUAACCCUUCGUCGCAAAUGGCCUCUAUAGCAUCUACGCCACGUUAUGCGCCUACAGUGACUCCCACUGGGAGCGAGUCUUUUACCGCUUCGCCCCUCUCAGCGCGCAAAUAUCGCAGACAAAUCCCACCCUCGUCAUCGGACGUGGAUACCUCUGCAGCCUCGACAUCCUCUUCCUCUUCCCUAGCCGGUCGUCAGCGCAGUCGUCCGUUCCCUCGGCCCCGAAGAGAAACAGAUGCGGGUCAAAUCCCAGAUGAUUUCAGCGAUGGUGAAACGCUUCCUCCCGACUAUGAUCAGGUUUUUCAAAGUGCCUCACGUUCGACAAAUAGAGACUCACCGCGUCCCUCAAUGCCAGCUGGGCAGUUCACGUCUUCCGCCGAGCUUAAUCCUGACUCUGUGGACAUCUUGUCACGAGGGAAGACUUGA